AUGCUGAACAAUUUCUUCCAAUCCCGAUUUCGACUACUACAGGAUGAGGAAGAUCGAAGAAAAUGUCUGGAAAGCGCUCGGAAUGCGCUAUCUAUAUUCGUUGAUUUACAAACCAAUGCUGUUGCCUCUAACCCAUCACAACCCGAUGCAUCCUUUCUUACCUGGACAAUCCUUCUAUUCCCCCUCCGUCCAUUCUUCUCUCUAUUUUGCAAUGUCGUCAGGACUUCGAAUAUUCGGGACAUGCAAUUGAUGCAGAGAACCACAUUAGCACUCGACCCCUUCAAGACGUUUAUGCCAGCAGUCAGGCUGCAUCGGUUAUUUGAAACCUUGCUCAAUCUCUGUCGGCCUCUGUUUUCAGCCGACAUGGAAGCCUCUGAUCAGUCCACGGCUGUUGUAGAUGACACUGCCGCAUUAGUCAGUUUGCAAGACAAUAUUGAGCAGUUAGAUACUAACGGAAGGCUCACAUCGCCCAAUUGCGCGAACCAUGGUACGGAUGCCACAGGGUAUCCAGUGGGAUCUGAAGAGACAGUUUCAAGCAUUCCCUGGGGUGAAGAACAAAUGUUAGAUCUUUUCAAUAGCGAGCCGUGUCUUGAAUGGCUCGAGACGGUGUCAUUUAGUUUGCCAGAAUAA